GUAUCUACCUACAUAUGUAGUAGGUACCUAACAUGUAUCUGAGUUACAUUACCACAACUUCUGUCAUAGAGCAACUUUCCAGUUUGACCAAUGCCUAAACGAAAUCUACUCUUCAUUAGUCCACUCCCAUCCGGCUUAUUUACGAGCGCGGCAGCAUCGCAAGAAGCGGUCAUUCUACCUAUGACCAGGCUUUGAGUAUUCCCAUCCUUCGUCUCGAGUUUCCAUAUCAAUGGACCCGUAUAUAGGAGGUGGGAGGGUACGUCGCAAGCCAUCCAAUCAGAAUGCUACCGAUGUCGAAAGACACCAGAGAUGGAGAAGUCUACAAUAUGAGCCAUAUUCAAUGGAAAGGCGACCCUCCUUCGGUCUAUGGUUGAAAGUUACCUGGCUUGACAUCCUUACCAUGCUAAUUGUCGGCGCAAUAGCUCUUGGGGUCUAUAGCCUUCCCCCUCCCGGGAUGCGAUGGUUCCCCCUUACCGUCAUAGACGCACGCACCGGUACUGACACCGGCGAGGUGGUCUACCCUCAAUUCGCGUAUCCUUAUCGCCCUCAAAUUAUUUCUUCUUGGUUAGACACCGUCCUGGCCAUCUUAAUCCCCCUCUUCCUCCUCGCCAUAAUCCAAAUCCGCAUACGGAGUUUUUGGGAUGUAAACAACUUCAUCAUCGGUUUCAUCUAUGCCCUUGAAACCUCAUCCGCCUUCCAAGUGAUGAUCAAAUGGCUUAUCGGUGGCCUGAGACCAAGUUUCUACGAAAUUUGCCAACCCGAUCCUAGUCUCGCCGCAAACACUUCCCUAAACGCCGUCGGUUAUAGACACUAUAUGUUUACCUCGCAGAUUUGCACGGUCGGUCAAGGCCGACCUCUAUGGAAUGCGAUGCAGAGUUUUCCGAGCGGCCACUCGACCACGAUCUGCGCCGCGGCGGUGUAUAUCUUCCUAUACCUAAACGCUAAGCUGAAAGUGUUCGCAAACUACCAUUCAUCGAUGUGGAAGCUGGUCCUGCUCUGCUGCCCCAUCCUUGGAGCUGCCCUCGUUUGCGGGUCAUUGACACUCGACGCAUCCCACAACUGGUAUGACAUUCUCGCAGGCGCUAUCAUCGGUAUCGUGUUUGCGUUUUCAGCAUAUCGCAUGGUAUAUGCCAGCAUCUGGGAUUGGCGCGUUAAUCAUAUUCCCUUGAACCGUAGCGCUGCAUUCGUCCGGAACGGUGAUUGGGAAAGCCCGGAUUUGGUGUUCACGAACCGAGUUGGAUGGAGAGCGAGUCGUCCAGAGACUGAGAAACAGACAUUACCAGGACCUGUUACAAGAAAUGAGAAUACGGGUAGCCGUUCUGGAGGGCAACCUACCGAGGUUAACAACGGUGGUACUGCGGGACCUAGUGCUGGAAAUGAUGAGAGAUAACCUCAGUCCCCAUUCGGCAUUCUGGGUAAAGACCUAGCCACCGGUAUGAGUUGGAGCCUACACUACGAUGACGACUUAGAGAAUCGAAUCGUCAAUGGUGGAUUCACUAGCAUCAAGUUAAUAUUUUAAUGUAUAAAUUUUAUUCCUUGAAAUGCUAGGUCCAUUGUGACUUCUUAUUGGAAGCGCAUGCACUUAGGCUGAUUUGCUUCUGACUGGUGUUGUUGAAGCUGAUACUCUCCAAACGAUGAAUUGCCACCAAAAAAAUCCUAGGUACUAGAUGGGAGGUUACCUAGCAUUC